AUGCCAACAAGACCACCGAAUCCAAGUCCGUUUCUGAAAGCUAGCAAGUGUUCCCGUCUAUUUCUAGAAUGGGUAUCUCCAUUGAUUUCAAAAUGUCGUAAACAAGGUACACUUGAUGUUAAUGAUCUCUAUGAACCACUUCCAGAUUGUGAAGCAGCAACACUAACAGAUAAACUUGAAGCAAAUUGGUUAGUUGAAAUUAAACGAAAUCCUGAUAGACCAAGUUUGAUUCGAGCUACAUUACGCACUAUGAGAUGGAAACCAUUAGUCAAUAGUCUUAUUUUCAUUCCUUCCGAACUUCUCAAAAUUAGUCAACCACUUUUACUAACAUUUCUGAUGAGAUUUUUUGAACCAUGUUCUAUGAUGCCAGCUUGGCAUGCUUGGCUUUUAGCCAUGGGUACAAUUUUUGUAGCAUUUUGCUCUAGUGUUAUUCUCAAUUAUGUAAGUCUUGUUU